AUGAAAGUUGCAAUUAUAGGCGCAACUGGCCAAACCGGGUCGGUGAUUGUGCAGGCCUUGCUGGAAUCCACUGUAUCGACGUUUGAGGUUGUCGCCUUAACCAGACCGUCAUCUCUUCAGAAGCCGGGUAUACUUGAGCUGCAGGAGCAAGAGAUAGCAGAUAGGAUUACUAGAGACGGCAUUAUGCUAUUUGCUUUAACCGAUAUACAGGAUAUAGGUCGCUAUAUGGCUCAAAUAAUUACUGAUUCUCGGACCCUGAACCAAAUAGUCUUCGCCUACAACGAGAUCUGGACGCAGAAUCAGAUCUACGAUUUACUUGAGAAGCUUAGUGGGGAAAGACUAGAUUGCAAAUAUGUCCCUGCUGAGGCUAUUGAAGCAAGCAUAGCCAAGAUCGAGUCAACUGCGCCUAGCCCAGAUUCUGUGGAGUUUAUCACACUGGCACAGUACUAG